AUGCCUCGUGACCUGUCUGCAUUGGCAAAUGAGAGCACCCUCUCCAACAUGCCAGGCCUCUCCAACAUGCCAGGCCUCUCCAACAUGCCAGGCCUCUCCAAAUCACGCGACGAGGGCAUCAAUCGCGAGACACCCAUGGACGCAGAUCCUGGCAACGAGAGCGAGAGCAGCAUCAUCACCGAACGGUCACACACCAACGAAAAGCGAAACGAAUUGCAUCCCUACACGCAGACGCUGAAUAUAUCCGACGUCGAGAGCUGUACGAGAUUAGAAGAAGCCGCCUUCCCGCCCCAGGAACGUUGCACGAGAGAAAAAUUCCAAUACCGUCUCAAAGUCGCCGGCGAACUCAGUCUAGGCAUCUUCACAUCCCAAACCGCCAACGAUGGAAGUGCCGACGUCCCCACCACCGCAGAGACCGCAGCGCCGGUAUACUCUGGCGCACCGGAACGCAAGGCAGUCCUGAUGGGCCACAUUGUCUCAACCAGGACGACGAAUUCGGUCGUGUCUGAUGAAGACAUGGCGAUGGGUGAUCCCGCUGAUCCGAACCUGGGCCACAAGCAAGAAGGACGAACGGUUUGUAUCCAUAGUCUUGCAGUCCUGCCGCAGUACCAGGGACGUGGUCUGGGGAAGACGUUGAUGAAGGCGUAUAUUCACCGGUUGGAGAAUCAGGAUGUGGCGGAUUAUGCGGCGCUCAUCACGCAUGAGGCGUUGAUACCGUAUUAUGAGACGUUUGGGUUUGUGAGUAAGGGUAAGAGCAAGGCGCAAUUCGGUGGAGGUGGAUGGUUUGACAUGGCCAAGGAGCUGAACUCAGGCGGCGUAUCAGACUAA